CUGGCCGGCCCACCUACCCGGGGCACCGCGGCCGCCAGGCACGAUACUGACGACGAUACUUGCUUGUCCACCCUCACCAAACGCGCCUACACACUCGGACGGAGGGGCCGCGAUGGGUUCCUACGAGCCAGAGCCGCAGGAGCUCUACACGGAGACGCCCUGCAUCCGGUCUGCGGCGCUUUCACAGGCGAUCGGGUGCAACGUCUUCCUGAAGCUCGAGAACCUGCAGCCGGCGGGGUCGUUCAAGUCCCGCGGGAUCGGGCACAUGAUGCGGGCGGCGGCGGGGGCGCGGCCGGACGCGCGCUUCUACUGCUCGUCGGGCGGCAACGCGGGGCUCGCCUGCGCCACCGCCGCCGCCGCCCUGCGCCGGCCCUGCACCGUCGUCGUGCCGCUGACCACGCCCGCGCACAUGAUCGACAAGAUACGCGCCCUCGGCGCCCAGGUCCACCAGGUCGGCGCGCACUGGGAGCGCGCGGACGCGCACCUGCGCGCGGAGCUGCUCGCGCGCGACCCGGCCGGCGUGUACGUGCCGCCGUUCGACCACGCGGACAUCUGGGCGGGCGUGAGCACGCUGGUCGACGAGCUGGCCGCGGACGCGCCCGCCCCCGACGCCAUCCUAUGCAACUGCGGCGGCGGCGGCCUGCUCAACGGCGUCAUGGAGGGCGUCGAGCGGAACUACGGGGCGGCCUCCGCUCCGGAGCCCGCGGACGAGGACGAGGGCAAGGACGAGGGCGCGGGCCGGCGUCUGAGGGCAGCGGGGGGAAAGCGCCCGACCGUCGUCGUCGCCGAGACCCGCGGCGCCGAGAGCCUCCACGCGAGCCUCGCCGCCGGCCGCCUCGUCGCGCUGCCCGCCAUCACGAGCGUGGCGACGAGCCUGGGCGCGCCGCGCGUCUCGGAGCGGACGUUCCGGUGGGCGACCGAGGAGUACGAUUACUACGACGACGACGACGACGGCCGGCGGCAGCAGCGGCAGCGGCAGCGGCGCAAGCUCGUCAGCGUGGUGGUGACGGACGCGGAGGCGGUGGCGGCCGCCGCGCGGUUCGCCGACGACGCGCGCAUGCUCGUCGAGGUCGCGUGCGGGGCGACGCUGGCGGUCGCGUACAGCGGCGAGCUGCGGCGGCUGCUGGCCGCGGAGGAGGGCAGGGGCCACGAAGGGUUCGGUGACGAGGAGUGGGCCCGCAAGAACGUCGUGGUCAUCGUGUGCGGCGGCAGCAACAUCUCGCUCGACCUGCUGCGGGCGUACCAGGAGAAGUUUGGGCUGAAGACGGGACCGGGGCAGUGAUGUGGGAGCGGAGGAGGGGGGUAGAGCGCCAGAUGCUGUCAAGAAAUAGAUACACUAAAGGCACGUGUAAAUAAGGAAGCCCAUUAUCGUAUCAUCGUCUUCUUUAGCCACU